AUGAAUGACGAAGGUGAUUCCUUAAAAGAUGAGAUAGAAUUAAUAAAAUGCAUGUAUCCGGAGAUCAAAAUUAAAGAUCACUCAGAUGAACUUCUUGAAGGUGUCUUAGAUGUCUGUAUGGAAGCUGACACGAGUAUUAUGGUACAAUACGGUGACCAAGCGAUUGAUAUUGAUGAGUUACCAUACAACAAAGUUCAUUUUGUUAUAGAGAAAUGCUAUUAUCCUGAUUAUAAUAAAUCGUUGGAGUGGAAAAUUCAGUCGCCUUGGCUAACAGACGAAGACUGUUCAAAGAUUAGAGAGCUUAUGAGUAGUGAAUUUCAAGAGAUGUCAAAUGAAGUCGGAUCACCUUUAAUAUACCUUUUACUCGAUACACUGUCUCAUAGAGCACUAUCAACUUUAACCACAAGAAAUAACCACAACGAUAAAAGAAUAUACGAUUGUAAAGAUGCAGGGCAAUGGGAAAAGUUCCAACAUUUAAAAUCAGACUUUGAAACUUAUCAGCAGUUAUAUGAAAAUUAUAGGUGCUGUAUUUGCAUUGAAGAUAAAAAGGGCUUUGACAUGGUCAGACUCCCUUGUUCCUCUCACCUUUUAUGCAAAGAUUGUAUAAAAGAAUAUUAUCAUGCAAUGAUUCAUGAAGGCCGUAUUGAGAGUAUUCGAUGUCCAGAAUGCGAUUACAAGCCCAGAGAUUUAAGUUCAUUCAAAAGUUUUGACGAGUUAAAGACUUAUUUAUUUCUGCCUGCAAUACCGUAUGAUUUUUUCAGUGGAUUACUAAAUGAUAAAGAUGUCGAACGAUAUAAGACGUUACACAUCCAGGAAGCUUUUAUGAAAUUAGCACAGUAUAGUCCCUACUCAUGCGUAAGAUGUCCUAGUUGCGAAAACUGGUGUGCCAAAGAUGAUCUUGAUGAACAGAUGGUAUGUUGCAAUAGCUGUGAAAUGGUUUUCUGUUUUGACUGCCUUCAUGCAUGGCAUGGAAAAUAUAACUCAUGUGGUACAAGGGUGGCAAUCGACCUCAAAUAUGUAGAGGAAUAUGCCGAUGAAUGUACAACCCCACAGCGAAAGAGAGAAUUGGAGAUUAAAUUUGGCAAGAGAAUGAUGGAGCUCGAACUUGAUUCCUAUUUAGCAGAUCGUAUGUUUGAGAUGUUCUUAGAGGAUAAGAACUCAGGAACAACCAAAUGCCCGGGUUGUCAAACAGUUAUAGAAAAGUCGGAAGGAUGCAACAAAAUGAAAUGUACUGUGUGCUUGAAAUAUUUCUGUUUUCUCUGUAGAGCUAUGUUACAUCAACAGGAUCCGUACGCUCACUAUAAUGAUCCCUUUUCACCAUGUAUGGGGAAACUAUUUGAAGGUAUGCCUGGCACGGAGCAGAUCUAG